GCAGCGCCCAGCGCCCGCCCUCAGCAGCACUGUCGCGAUAGCGCCGCGCUUCCGCCGCGCUUUACGGCAAGGCCGCCCGGGGAGGAGGCGGCCGCAGGGCCGGGGCCGCCAUGGACCGGAGGAAGAAACCUCUGGACGUGGCCGCGUCCUCGCUGGUAGAUCUCAAAGCCGAACUCUUCCGAAAGCAAGAGGAAUUCAAGAAAGAAAAACUACUGAAAGAUGCUGGCGUCUUUGCAAAGCCCAGAACCUCUAAUAAGAAAGCAAGUAUCUGGACCAAACAGAACACGGGAGUUGCAAAUCGAGCUGCAAAAGAUGUUGAGCAGAAGGCAGAAGAGCAGGAUAUAUUGGAUCAAUCAAGGAAGAAGCUUGAAGAGAAAGCAAAGCUGUAUGAGAAAAUGACAAAAGGAGACUUCCCAGAUGAAGAGACUGAGGAUUUGUACCUGGUGGAUUUCACUCAGAAGAUCAUAGACAAACAGCACGAAGUACAGGAGCUGCAGCAGAGCGAAGCUGCCGGGAAGACUUCAGAAAGAGACACAGAUGAGGAGGAAACUCUGCCUGAAGCAGACAUUCCACCGCCAGAGGACCCGGAUGAGGAAUGGGUUGAUUAUGUUGAUUUCUUGGGCCGAUCUAGACGCUGUAUGAAGAAGGAUUUACCAAGCCUACUUAAAAUGGAUCAGGAACUUCAAGGCAAAAGACAAGAACCUGAUGGGAAUACUCUGUUAUCUGAAGACAUGAGAAGAGAACUUCAGAGGCAGCAGUGGGAAAAGGAAGAAGAAGAAGCCCUCAGAAAACCCAUGGGACCCAUACAUUAUGAGGACAUUCGAGAAAAUGAGGCCAGGCAGCUCGGUGUUGGUUACUUUGCCUUUUCUCGGGACCAAGAACUCAGGCAUAAACAACGGGCAACCCUGGAUAUGCUGAGGGAGCAGACACUUGACCAGAGAAAUAAACGUGAACAGCUGAAGGAGAAGAGGAAGGCAGCUCUAGAUGCAAGGCUGUCCAAACUUCGAGCACGGAAGAUUAAAAAGUUAAGGGAAGCUGGAUUAGAGGAAGAGGCAGAAAAACUGGAGAAUGGAGAGGUGAAAGGUGCUGCUGAGGAACCAGAACCUCCAAGAGUUACUGCAGCGAGUAGGAAGGUAGAGGUUAUCAUCCAGGAGAGGAGAGAUACAAAGCCUGGAGUGCCUUAUGUCCGAGAGUGGGAUAAAGGCAAAGAACUGAUGUUUGGACAAUGGGAAAAGAAACAGGAAGAACUUAGAGAUGAGCGAGACCCAGAAUUUGCACCGCCUUCUGAUUACUUUUUGGGACAAAAGAAAGAUGAUUAUUACCGAAAUCGGAAUCUGAACAGUUCUGAAACCUCCUCUGAAAAACUGGAAACAGAGAGAGCACAAAACCAACAGAGGCCAUCAGGGCAGGGCAGUGGCAGCAGCGCUGGAGAUGUGCCACCAUCAGCACAGGCUUCCAACAGCAACGUUCCAGACAAGCCAGGGUCAGCAGAGCCCGGUGGCCGUGACGCUCAGGGCGUGUCAUCAGCAGAGGAUGACAGCAGCGAUGACGAGGACAUGCUGCCACCAGCGCGGGCGUAUGGCUACGGUGCCCGAGGUGUGCCGCCACCACUGCGGGGCUACGGCUACAGCGCCCAGGGCGUGCCACCGCCCAUGCCAGCCUACGGCUACGGCACGCCCGAGGUGCCCUUCCCAGGGCAGGCCUACAGCUAUGGGGCACCAGGAAUGGUGCCACCAAUGCACGGCUACGGCUACGGCACUCCUGACGUGCCGUUUGCAAUGCCAGCUUAUGGCUACGGCACCCAGGGUGUGCCACCAGGAAUGCAGACCUGUGCAUGCAGCACCCAAGGUGUGCCACCAGGAGUGCAGACCUGUGCAUGCAGCACCCAGGGUGUGCCACCAGGAGUGCAGACCUGUGCAUGCAGCACCCAGGGUGUGCCACCAGGAGUGCAGACCUGUGCAUGCAGCAACCAAGGUGUGCCACCAGGAGUGCAGACCUGUGCAUGCAGCACCCAGGGUGUGCCACCAGGAGUGCAGACCUGUGCAUGCAGCACCCAAGGUGUGCCACCAGGAGUGCAGACCUGUGCAUGCAGCACCCAGGGUGUGCCACCAGGAGUGCAGACCUGUGCAUGCGGCAGCCAGGGUGUGCCACCAGGAAUGCAGACCUGUAGCUGCAGUGGCCAGGAAGUACCACCAGGAACACAGGUCUGUGAUCUCAGCAGUCGAGAUGUGCCACCAGGAAUACACCCUUGUGGAUGCAGCAGCCAAGAUGUUCCACCAGGAACACACAUCUGUGGCUGCAGCACCCAAGAGAUGCCACCAGGAACAGACACCUGUGGCAGCAGCACCCAGGAUGUGCAAGCAGGAACGCAGGCCAGUGGCUGCAGCACUCAGGAUAUGGAACCUCCAGUGCAGACGGACAGCAGUGAUACUCCAAAUCAGGAACCACUUUACCAAAGUUUAGAUGACAUGCUCUCUUAUUAUAGACAAGUGACUUGAGCUGAGCAAAAAGAUGAGCAAGAACCAUGAUCUAAAGAACUGAAAUAUAAUUAAUUCUGUGCUCAGCAGAAUAUUAUUUUCCCAAAUAUGGGAAAAAUAAGUUUCUGUAAGUACAUGAGAAUAAAUCUCCCAGAUACCUAAGCUGUUUUACAUCACAGCUAUAUUUUGCCCAGUUGUUUUUCUUAAUUCUUACCUCUUCACUAAAAUAUAACUUUGACAUUUACACCUGAACUUAAGGGUAUAAUAAUUACUUACUUUCAAGAGAUAAACCCCUUUAGUUGUUUGCUUCUAGCUGGCUUCUGGUUUGGAGGUACUACAACUUGUGACAUCCACAGAAACAAUAUGGAAAUGGUAGGUCCUCUGCUGGUAAAUACAGAAUUAUUUUGUUCCUUAUUUAAUCUCCUGUCUUUUAGAGGUGCCAAAUAUGAUCUAGUGAACAGUUGUGGUUCUCAUGGCCUGUGCAUUCCUGAGGUCCAUAUGUAGCUCAUAAUUCUGUGCAGCAUUUUAGAGUGGAGACAUUGCAGAAAUGAAUAAAUAAUGAUGGGUAGGCUAAAAAUAAACACAUCAUUGAAGCAGAA